AUGGCGCAGCUGACGAAGAGCGGAAGGACGUGGCGUGUGGAGGCACAGCCUCCUCCCACGGCUCACCCACCGGCGCGAGAGAAGUUGCACAGGAUCGGUUCCCAGCGGCGGUGGGGAAUCGACUGGCCGCCAGGGAGGAACCUGGAGAAGCCUUGGAGUGUGGCCGAGGAGGCCCCACGCUACUUGCAUGGGGGUGGUGACCGGAGGGAAGGAGGGAGGCACCGGACACCUCUGCGUGCGGAGGGAACAGAGCCUGUUCCGCAAAGGACAGGAUGGAUCGUGUACGCAACAAAACCAGCCUGA